CUACCGUACCGAGAUAUAGUAACGUGACUGUAGAGGGGCGGUGCAACAGCUUCGAUAGAAAUAUAUCUGUGCUUGGUAGAUCUCUUCCAACUAUCUUAAAAUGAGCUCUUCUGACAUAAAUACAAUUACUGUGAUCGGCAGUGGGCUGAUUGGCCGCUCCUGGGCUAUGGUUUUUGUCAGUGGAGGCUACAGUGUGAGGAUCUAUGACAACCAACCAGGACAGGCUGCCAAGGCCAUCGAGGAGAUCAGGAAGCAGCUGGAGGAGCUGGAGGAAGCUCACAUGCUGAGAGGAGAGCUGGCAGCCAAGCAGCAGCUCGCCCUGAUCAGCAGCUACGAUGAUCUGUCUCAGGCACUGCAGGGAGCCUUCUUCAUCCAGGAGUGUGUUUUUGAACAGCUUGAUGUCAAGCAGAGCGUCUUCCAGGACAUAGAGCGUCUCGUGGGAGAAAAGGUCAUCCUGAGCAGCUCCACCUCCUGUCUGGUGCCAAGCAACGUUUUCUCCAAAGUCCAGAACAGGAGUCGCUGCAUCGUCUCCCACCCGGUAAACCCACCGUACUACGUCAAACUGGUGGAGCUGGUACCUCACCCUGAGACAGCCGCGGCCGUUAUGGACACCACCUACUCCCUAAUGACCAAGGUUGGCCAGGCGCCUAUCCGUCUGAGGAGAGAGAUCGACGGCUUUGCCCUCAACAGAGUGCAGGCGGCCAUAAUUGCAGAGUCCUGGAGGCUGGUGCAGGAUGGCGUUAUCUCUGUGAAGGACAUCGACCUGUUGAUGUCAGAGGGGCUGGGAAUGCGCUACGCCUUUAUAGGUCCCAUGGAAACAAUGCACCUCAAUGCACCUGCAGGUUUGGAGGACUACAUGAAGCGGUAUGGAGUGGGAAUAACGAGGGUCCUGAACUCCUUUGGGCCGGUACCAGACUUCUCCAGCGGUGAUUCAGCCAAGAGCAUCGUUAGCGAGAUGUGUGAGCUGAUUCCCAACGACCCGCAGCAUCUGUCGGCCCGGAUAGAGCGAAGGGACCAGCUGCUCAUGGCUCUGGCCAAGCUGAAGAAGGAGCACUGAGAUGAAGGGCCACAAAAACCUGAAAACAUUUGAUUUUGGUGGUGGAAAUUUGGUAGAAAGAUAAGAAUCACGCUGACAGACAUCUCACAAAAUGAGUUCUUGGAAAGGAUGGAAAACACAGUCUGGUAUUUGUUCAGCGAUAAUGAAUACAUGUGCCUUUUAUGGGAAAUUAUGGAACAGUAUUUUAAUAAGAAAUCAACUGAUUAGGGAAGCAGGGCUCAGGUCUUUAACAAGUCUACAGUACACUCAAUCUUUUUGUUGUGGUGUGGUUAUUCUGGACUAGAUUUUGAAUCCUCUCACCGAAUAAUGAUCAUCUGUGAAAAUCUGUCUGAUAAAAACAAUGAAGUACAUUACUUUACCUUAUUGUUUUAUAGGGACUUAACACAACAUCUUUGAUCCUUUUCAUAAAGAAAAAUAAAACUGUGAAAUCAU